AUGCGCCUUGCGCUGGACAAACUCAAUAAAACCCAGGAUGCUGAGAAGGCCUAUCUCGCAGCCACUCGCGUGAAGGAAGGCGACAAGCCAGCAUGGCAGGGACUUAUCAGCCUCUAUGAAAAACAAGGAAGUCUGAAACUCGACUCGUAUCGCGAAGCAGUGCUGAAACUUGGCCAAAUAUUCGCUGAAGCAGAUGACAAGCACCGCUGUCAAGAUGCCGUCGAUAAAUUCAUCAGCUUCGCCAAAAAACAUGGCAGUCGCUCUCAGUAUCGAAAAGCGAUCGAACUGCACCUCCCCUCGAGCCCAUUGUACGACUUCCUUGAGGGCCGUGUCCCGCAUCCUGCGCAUACAUACCUUCGUCUCAUUGAAAUGACCGAGGCAGACGAGAAGGAAUUCAUAAAUCGGGAGAUAGGCGAGCGACGUACACGAUUGGGAGCCAGGGUUGACCAGGUUACCUUGGAGGUCAAGCGAGAAGCUUUCAAGCGGAGUGAGCUAGAGUCACUCUAUCGUGGAAUAGUGAACUGGUCCCAUGACGACCAGGUUCGACGUACGUACGAGGAGAAGCUGCUGGAACGUGGAUGCGAUGUUCUUGCAGUUCUUCCUGCAAAUGAAAAGGCGGACAAACGGAAUGAGGUUUGGCAGGCCGCCCGUGACAUGGUCAUUAUCAAACAUCCUUUCGAACUUGCCUGGAGGAUCUACAUCGAGUGGCAAGAUAUCCAAAGCUUUUCGGAGUGGGAUCAUGGGUUCUUGGAGGAUUUCAUCGAGUUCUUUCCCGAGCACGGCCUUACUAAAGUUCUCAAGGGAUUUCUGGCCAGUGAUUUCUCACCAUUUCCCAAAGACCCGAAGAAACGGAAAGGGUCGAAGAACUCUCAGCAAGCAGCCAACGACCAAGACGCCGAUGGCAGCAAUGGUGAAAUCGUUGAGCUAGCAGCUCAGGAUAGCUUGAUAUUGAUGGUCGAAGGUCUUGAAAUGUCGUCCUCAUCUGUCGUUGCGCAUAGGAUCGUCAGUGAUGUCUACUUAUCGCUGGAAGAAUACGAAAGCGUGGCUGAUGUAGCCAGGAAAGGGCUAGACAAUUUACAGUCACUGGUGAAAAUGUCUGGGAUGAAGCUCCAGAACACGACUGAUUCGAUGAGAAUCACCCUUGCGAAUGCCCUGAUUUAUUACCAGUCUCCAAGAAACCACCCAGAGGCCAAACGCAUCUUCGAGGAGAUUCUCCGUCGAAACCCGAAAUCGACGAGCUGCUUACUGGGAAUUGGUCUUAUUCUUAAGGUCGAUGAAGAUUACGUGGAAGCCGUUAACUUCCUGGGACGUGCUCUAAACCGGGACCCGACAAAUAUCAAGGUCCGGGGUGAGUUAUCCUGGUGCAAAGCGCUCAACGGAGAUCUCGAAUCGGGUCUCGAAGGUCUUCAGGACGUCCUCUCCGAGCUGCAGUCCUCACGCUCCGAGAACCGAGAAUUCAAAGCCGAGAUCCUCUACCGGUUAGGAUACUGCCAGUGGGAAAUCGAUCCGUCCUCGGCCGCGCGUAAAGAUCGCACUGGUGCCUACGCCAGCUUUUUGUCCUCAAUUCAAACCAACAUGAAUUUCGCUCCCCCUUAUACUUUCCUCGGUCUGUAUUACGCAGAUUACAAGAAGGACAAGACGAGAGCACGCCGGUGUUUCCACAAAGCCUUCGAACUGUCAGCCUCGGAGAUUGAAGCCGCAAGGAGACUAGCAAAGACGUUCGCCGACCAAAAGGAAUGGGAUCUUGUUGAAGCAGUGUCUCAGCGGGUCGUGGACUCGGGCAAAGCCAAACCGGCACCCGGCUCGAAGCGGAAAGGCUUCAGUUGGCCCUAUGCAGCUUUGGGAACCGUUCAAAUCAAUAAGCAGCAAUACCCUAAGAGCAUUGUUUCGUUCCAGGUGGCUCUGAGAAUCUCGCCGGGAGACUAUCAUUCGUGGGUGGGCCUAGGUGAGAGUUACCACCAUUCCGGACGGUUCAUCGCGGCCACGAAGGCAUUCGAGCAUGCCCAGCAAUUGGAAGGUGCACUAUCUAGUUCCGAUAAGGAGCAGAUUUGGUUCGCACGAUACAUGCUGGCGAAUGUUAAGCGGGAGCUUGGUGAAUUCGAAGACGCCAUCUCGAGAUACGAAGAAGUAUUGAGCUUCCGGCCAAACGAGUUUGGUGUUUCUAUUGCACUGCUUCAGACGCUUACAGAAAGCUCGUGGAAGAGUCUUGAGCUGGGGCUUUACAACGACUGUAUCGAGCUGGCGCGCAAAGCUAUCUUCGUGGCGACGUCGCUUGCCCUCGAAAGAGUCGAUAUCUUUAACCUGUGGAAGGGCGUUGGGGAUGCAUGCUCACUUUUCGCGUAUGUCAAAGCUAAAUCUGGACGGCUGCCGAUCAGUGAAGCUUUCACCUUGCUCUCUACUCAACUCGAACCCACGGCCUUUGAUAUUCUCGCCGAUGUCGACGAGAUAGGCCAAAGACACCUUUCGCUGCUUAAGGAUGAAAGCAACGAGGAGACUACACUGUCUGAUAAAUGCAUGUAUGCCUCCAUAUUGGCGUAUAAACGCGCCAUCCAUGUCUCUGUGCACGACGUGCAUGCCCAGGCAGUUUCUUGGUACAAUCUCGGCUGGGCAGAAUACAGGACCUACAAGUGUACGCAGGCUGCUGCGGGCACGACGGGCCAGAAACAGUCGCGCAAAUUCUUGAAAGCCGCGAUGCGUUGCUUCAAACGCGCAAUUGAGUUAGAAGCGGGUAACUCUGAAUUUUGGAAUGCUCUUGGUGUGGUGACCACCGGCAUGAGUCCCAAGGUAGCGCAGCACGCGUUUGUGAGAAGUCUCCAUCUCAACGAGCGAAGUGCCCAGGUUUGGACUAAUCUAGGAGCGCUCUACCUCAUCCACAAUGACAUCCAACUGGCAAAUGAGGCAUUUACCCGUGCUCAAUCAACGGACCCGGAUUACGCCCAGGCCUGGAUUGGCCAGGGUUUCCUGGCCCUUCUGUUCGGGGAUCCGCGGGAAGCUAGAGGCCUCUUCGAGCACGCGUUCGAUAUCUCUAGCUCAUUGUUGGUCUUGCCGAAACAGCAGUAUGCUCUCAGCUUGUUCGACCACCUGAUGGCGGAUUCCUCGGUUUCCAAUGAGAUCUCGCAACUGAUCCAGCCCUUCUUUGCACUUCAUCAACUCUCUUCACAAAACCCCUCGGAUCUUCCCUUUGUACAUCUCUCUGCUCUUCUUGCGGAAAGGAUUGGGGAAAUAUCCGACGCAGAAACCAGUCUCCGAACAGUGUGCUCUGCUGUUGAAGCCGAAUACGAGGUGUCCGAAUCAACUUCCUCACUUUCAAGAUUUGCGCAGGCGAACGCAGAUAUUGCGCGUGUUUUACUGGCGCAGCAUGAAUUCGAGGAGGCUGCGGAGAAAGCUGAGAUGGCUCUCAUGCUGUCCGGGGAGGAAGACGCAGGAAAGUUCGAUUCUGAAACGAGUAGGAAAUUGCGCUUGUCGGCACACCUGACCGCUGGUCUAUCGCAUUACUAUCUGAAGUCCAUGGACAGCGCGAUCGACAUGUUCCGCGAUGCUCUGCAGGAGGCAGACAAUGCACCGGAGGUUGUGUGUCUUCUUGCUCAAGUGUUGUGGGCGAAGGGCGGAGAGGAGGAGCGGGCUGUGGCUCGCCAGCAAUUAUUCGACUGUGUCGAGGCAAACCCCGAUCAUGUCGGGGCCGUCACACUUCUCGGAGCCAUUGCGAUCUUGGACGCAGACAAAGAUGUCAUCGAGGCGGUCGAAUCGGACCUCCAGAACAUGAUUACGAGAGACGAUAUUGAGAUUCACGAGCAAGCCAAGCUUAUCAAGCUGUUGACAGCGGUAUCCACGUUAGGAUUCAGCGACAACUCAGGUGUACCCGAGGAAACAAGACGCGUGGGCGAGGCCGCUGCCGCCGUGAUGAGAGCACCACAUCAACCACAGGGCUGGAUGGAGCUGUCGGCAGCAUCUGGCGAGCCAUACACUGCCGAAAUGGGCGUCAAGAGAGCUUUGCGGAGCGUUCCCCCUCGUGGCCGACUCGAAGCCGAGGACCUUUCUGCUGCAUUUGCCCAGACUGGAAAGGCCGGCGAUGCUUUCAGAGCCAUUAUGGUCGCGCCGUGGAAGCGAGACGGAUGGGAGGAAUUGAACCACGCGACGUCAACAACAGCCUAGACCUUGAGAGUCCGAAGGGAAGUUAUGUUAUAUAGGUAGAUGACUUCUCGGGAUCAGCAUAAGAAAUAAGUUAGUUUAGAAACGCAUCAUGAAGAAUUAAAUGCAAUGCAUUCACACAUACCU